CCCGAUCAUGGCAUUGAGAGCCAAGAGGAUAAGGAUGAAGAAGGGUUGGAUCAUGUGGCUGCUAUCAUGCCUGCUACUGUUGCUUAGCCUAGUGACUCCAGCCCCUCCCCAGACCAAGAGCUACAGGGAAUUGGUAAACCAAUUCAUCGUCCACUACAGCCAGGAGUCAGGCUCAAGCAACCUCUUCCGACUCUUGGUUCUGAAUCUGCAGCCUGGGACAAACAAUGAUCCUUCCAUUCCCGGUCACCUGAACUUCACCAUUAUGGAGACUGUCUGUCCCCAAACCAGCCGACAGAAUCCGGAUAAAUGUGACUUUAAGGAGAAUGGGCUGGUGAAAGAAUGCUAUGGAACCAUCUCCUUGGAUGCCACUCAGCCUUCUCUCAAUGCUUCUUGUGGUGGGCCUGAAGAGUUAAACAGUGGUGGGGUUUUGCAAAUUUUUUGGGCUUUUGCAAAACUCAUUUAUCGAAAAUAUCAACACCUGCGUGAAAAAUAUAGGAAACUGCAGGACAUUUUUUUCUGGAUAAGGUGACAAUAAGAAGUAGGAUCUUAGGGUGAAUCUACACCUUAACUUCUGUUUCUGGCACCAAAUUCUGCCCUGAUCCCUUUGGAUUAAUAAACUUUAUGUG